GCGGGCGCUUCCGUUGCCGGGCGCCGCCCCCUCGCUCGCCUCCGCGCCCCGUUUCCGGCCGGGCUGAGGAGGGGCGGCGAGGGGGGGGGGCCGCGGGCGGGGCCGAGGUGGCUGCGCACGGCCGGCGGCGACCUGCUCCCGCGCCCCCGCGGAGAUUCUGCCGAUCUCUCAAGGUCGGGGCUUGAACCCUGCCAGAUAAAGUCAAAAACGCCCCCCUCUUUUCCCAGCCAUGCAAACCGCGGGAUGAAGCUGGAAGCUGUGGUCGAGCAGCUGCAGAAGCAGCAGCAGAAGCAGCAAGCUCCUCUGCAGAUGGAUUCCAGGGAGAGACAGCAGAGGCAGAUGAGGGAAGCCCAGCUGCUGUACACUCAGCAGCUGGCAGUACAGCAGGCUGUUCUAGCAGCCACAUCUGGCAGGGCUUCGGGCGGCUCUGCUGUAGGUCCUUUGGCCAGAGGCCCACCUGCAGCUGGGGCUACGCGAGCUUUUGAUCAGAGCAGCAUGAAUUCAGAGCCAGAAGAGGAAGAGGAGGAUGAGGAAGAGGAGGAAGAAGAUGAGGAAGAGGAAGGGGGUUUGGAAGGUGGAGAGCUUGAGGAUGGCGCUGAUGUGACUGGAAAAGACACCUGCACUGCUCUGAAAUAUUUUCAUGCUCCCAAAGUUACCCAUCACAACCAAAGAGUGGCUUCUACCUCUAAUCCUCUUCCAGCUUCGGGGCACCAGCGGGGACAGCAGGGGAAAGAAGAACAGGGUAAAGACACUACUAAGCAAACGUAUUCUGGUUCCCCAUCUGGGCGUCAGACCUGGAGACUGGAUGAGCAGCUCAAGCAGAAUGGCAGUGUGACCUGGAGUGAUGAAGGUGAUGGAUGCCGAGGAAGAGAAAUUUCACGAGACUUUGCCAAGCUCUAUGAACUGGAUAGUGACCCUGAGCGGAAAGAGUUCCUGGAUGAUCUCUUCAUCUUUAUGCAGAAGAGGGGAACUCCCAUCAAUCGGAUCCCCAUCAUGGCAAAGCAGAUCCUGGAUCUCUACAUGCUCUACAAACUAGUGACUGAGAAGGGAGGACUGGUAGAAAUCAUCAACAAAAAGAUCUGGCGGGAGAUCACCAAAGGCCUUAAUCUGCCCACCUCCAUCACCAGUGCCGCGUUCACGCUUCGAACCCAGUAUAUGAAGUACUUAUAUGCCUACGAAUGCGAGAAGAAAUCCCUAAGUUCUCCCGCUGAGCUGCAGGCUGCAAUCGAUGGCAACAGGCGGGAAGGCAGACGGCCCAGCUACAGCUCCUCUUUGUUCAGCUACUCGCCCACCGCUGCGGGGCCUCCUUCCCUCCUGUCUCCCCCAAAGAUCCGCUUCCCAAUCAUCGGCGUCGCACCAGGCAGUGGGACCAGCAAUCCUCGUGUGUCUCCAGCAGCAGCUGUCAGAAAAGGUGACGGUGUGCCCUUGACUGUGUCUAUGCCAAACCGUAUUGCUGUGCCAGUGACCUUGGCUAGCCAGCAGGCGACUGUGGCAGCAAGAACAGCCACUCUGGAGCAGCUGAGGGAGAGACUGGAGUCUGGAGAGCCUCCAGAGAAGAAGGUCUCGCGGAUGACGGAGGAGGAGCAGCGGCUUGUCCAGCAGGCUCUCCAGCGCAACCUGUUCAGCAUGGCACGGCAGAUUCCCAUGAAGAUCAAAAUCAAUGGCAAGGAAGAUAAACCGGACUCAGCAGCAGCAGCAGCACUGAAUUUGUCACCUAACGGCAUUGGGAGUAUUAACAUGUCGGUGGAGAUUAACGGCACAAUUUACGCUGGAGUGCUGUUUGCCCAGAAGCCAGUCGUCCAUCUCAUUGCAGGCUCCAGCACCCAAAGUUCCUGCAGCAGCAGCAGCAGCUCCCACUGCUCUCCCAGCCCUACCUCAUCCCGGGGAACACCCAGCGCAGAGCCCUCCACCAGCUGGUCUCUCUGAUGGACGGCGGAGCUUGCUGUCUCUCACACUGGCCUCCAGCAGCUCUGUCCUCUCUGCUCACGGCAGGGAGUGAGCCGGGAAGGAGUCGCACAGAUUACCUCAUCUCAAGGAACCUGCUUUGUGGUUGGCCAACGGCAAGAUGAUGAUGCUGAAACCUUUCCAUGCCAGCGAGUUUUUCCUCAUCAUCUGUUUGUCCAGCCCUUUUCUUUGUUCUCCCCUUUCUUCCUCCCUUUUACUUUUGUUUUCUUCCUCCUCCUCCUCCCAGGGUUUGCUGUGUUCCUGUUGGGGGGUGGGACAUGGAGAAGGGGGCACACCUGGCGUUUUUCAAUCAGGGAUCGUCUCUAGGAGCUGCGGGUUGAUAGAUGGCUGAGACGUCACCAAGGCAGGUGGAAAGAGCUGGAGCUGGGGCAGGGAAAUGGGGUUCUCCUUGACCCAGUCGCCACAUGGACUCUUCCCAUAAAACUCCUCAGUGUAUUGACAAUCCUAACAGGCAGCAGGGUGCCUUGCCCCGUCCUUCGUUGGCUUUUGCUGCAGAAGGUCGUGCAGCUGUCGAGCAGGCGAGCUUCCUCGCUUUUCUUCCUCAAGCUCCAUCGCGGUCCAGUGCUCGUACGUCCUCCCCUGAAGGCCAGACUUGGCUAGAGCACGUGGCCGCUGCUUGUGGAGUCAUGAGAGACUUGGUGAACCUCUUUCCCCCUCUUUGAGGUCUUGGCAACACAGGGAGGACUUUCCCACCACUAUGUAUGAUCCAUAGAGACAGAAAAAGACUGAUCAGCUGCUCUAUUCCGGCCAGUGCUGGCCUGUUUCCUACUGCUGCUUUCUGCAGGCCUUCAGCCAAGUUUUAAAUGCUCUAGAGCUUGUCUCUCUCCCAUAGGAAAUUCAUCCACUGUGACAUUUACCCUGAUAGCCUGAACUUACUUUUGCUUGGUUUUGAUCCUCAGCCCCUUGACACAAAAGGGCUGUCACUUAAGUCAAUCUAGGCUUCCUGGAGUGACUUCCUUCUCUUAAGGUGUAUUUCAAUAGCCCCUGGAAGCUCUCCACAUCCAUGCACUGAGAAAAUAGAAGGUGAUAUUUAAAAUCUACUUAAGUGGGGCUGUGUUGUGUAUGUAUAUAUUAUGGUUAACAUAUAACACUUCCUUUAGUUGCUCUCUGUAUAAGCCUCCAGAAGCUCGGUCCCCUUCAGAUUGUAUGGGGGCAAAAAGAAAGCAGCCCUCAGUCAAGUAAGACCUUUUGCUCUCCUGGAUGGAAGCAGAAAAAACUAAAUCAUUGCCAUUUCCCUUCAAACCUCCAGUUUAAAGCAAACUAAGGCUGGCCAUGGCUCUCCCUCCUCUGGAGCCAAUCAGGCUAACUUUGUGGCUCCGUAAAUCCAGCUCCCACUCACAUGGUCUCACCCUGUCCUCAUUUUUCCUGCUGUGUUUUGGGCUGGCCUUUCCCACACACAUCUCCCCCAGCCUGGAGAUCAGAUCCAAGCACCAUCCAUCCUGCCCUGGUGACGUCCUUUCCAUCCUCCAGGCCCAAGUCAGGUUUUUUUGAGCAGAUGAAAUACCUCAGAUAUGUACUUGUUGGGGUUUUUUGUUUGUUUGGGGGUUUUGUUUUUGUUUUUUUACCUCUUCAGGAAGUAUUGGCAUAUCUUAAUGCUUGUUUUUUUUAAUAUGUGGUUUUGCUGAUGUUGUGUUUAUUUUUUAUUUUUAAUUGUAGCACCAAAGACAGAAAGAAAAAAAAACAAAGCUGAGCAAAGGAGCAGUGGCUUCCCCAUCCUUUAGGCUAGCCAGGAGACAAGUUGAACAGCAUUGUCCCAGGACAUGCGCAUGAUGCAGGAGGACAGGUAGAGGUAGGAAAAGGGGGCGAGACUGACUGCUGAGUUAGAGGAUCUGUCCUUCUUUUUGGACAUCAGGGUGUCGCCGGGGUCCCCAUUCUUGUUUCAGAACUUCAUAAUCCGUGUCUUUAGCAAAAAUUCUUAGUGCAGUGGGGACAUGACAGCACUGCUUUACACUACAGAUUUGCCAGGCCUCUUGCAGCAAAGUGGUUUCUGACAGCUGAAAGCUCAGUUUGAUCUUGUGGCUUUGCACAGGACCAGCCUCCUCAGCUGUGCUGUGCCUUUGUUUUUUCCCGGGGUCAUUAGAUGCACAGACAACAGAGUUCAAUUCUGUCUACACUACAAGUCCAAGCUGUGUUGGGUGCUGCGUUACUGUAGCCAUUGUAGGAGCUGCUGUGAGAGUCACCAAAAUAACAGUUAUUCUAGUUAUUCUAGUUUCUGUUUUCACCUGUACGUAGGGGCCAAUUGCCAAACUGUGUAGCAACUGUCCUAACUAGUAAAUUUAUUACAAUCUAAGUCAAAACUGUAGUAGAACUCCGGAGAUUCAGCUUGCUUUAAAAAACAGUUUCCUGGAGUGUGGUUGGUGAGUCAUCACGUGCUCCCCAGUGAGUAGACAGGUAGUUGGCCCUUUUGGAUCUCUGUACUACAACCAUCUUUGUGGACUUCUGUUGCUCUUUUGUUGCCUGCAAGUUUCUAGCAGUUCCUUUGAGUGGUCUUUCUCUGAGACAUCUGGCACUAAUCACACGUUAGCUGUCAAUUGUUUGAGUGGCAGCUGCAUUUCUGCUCCCAGUGGAUGAAGAUCUCUUUCUCUCUUCAGCCAGAGACAAAGGAAGGUGGUUCUCCACCCAUCUUACUGCUCCACAGGUUCUUGCCUCCAUAGGUGGGACUGAGCCACCCUAUUGUAGGGAAUUGCAGCCAAUGAUUACAUGGAUGUAGACCAAGAGUUAUUUCUGAAUGAAUGUGGUGUCAUACCAGCAUGAGAAUGUAGCCUUAGAACUGCUCGUCCAGGUGAGCCGAGGUGUCGGGAGCAUUUAGCUCUGUGAAAGACAGGAAUUUUGAAGUACUGCUGCAAUUAUGGACUAUGCGUGUCUGCCUGCAGAGCUGGGCCAAAGCCACUGAACUCUUUCACCAGUCUAAAAGUGUCUUUCGCUUCUACAUCCAGCCAUCAGGUCCCCAAGUGCUUAUAUGGAGCAGCUCAUACGCUAAGUUGAUCUGCAGAGGUGGGAGCACAGCUGCCUGACACAGCGCAUGUCCUUCCUGGGAUGUGCUGUGGGCAACUCUUUGUGUCCUGUCUGGACGGUCGCUCCGUGGACUGCACGGGUGCAGGGCGGGUGCCCUCCCGGAGCGCUCUGGUGAGCUCCCUGUCUUCCCAGAACGUCCCGCUCCCUGAGGCUGUUCCUUUUAUACUACUGAAAAGAACAUAGCUUUAAAAAAUACGAGGCCAGAUACUGCCGCAGAAAAAGCCCUGUCAGCAGCCCAAUGGUUGGGCCUAAAGUGUAUAUAGAAAACUAAAUGAAUGAUCCUUUUGUUAAACUUACAAGCUACCUGUUCUCCCUUUUACUCCCACAGCACUGCUCAGCAGGGCUGCUUUUCUGUCCUGCAUCGACGAGCAGAAAUGUUGUGUUCAUGGCCGAGAUCUGUGAUGUGUCAAUUUUCCUUUCCUUCUGUUUGAAGCUCAAGUAACAGGGGUGGUCUUGUACCUCAUGUUACGGCUUGUAUAAACCACAGUUGAGACCUCCUUGCUGUGAGAGGCCUUGCACUCUCUAUAUGUUAGUUUAUAUAAUCCAGCCUGAGUGAUCUUGCUAGCAGACGUUGUGAUGACUUGGUGGAGGAGGAGAUAAAGUGCUGGGAAUGCACAUGUCCUGAGAUAGAUUCUGCUCCGAGAUGUCCCAUCUCCAGUUGCUUUUAGCAGAAGUAACAACCACCCUGAUACCUAUGGGGAAGCAGAGCUGCUCUUUGGCUGCAGGGCAUUUGCUUGGUGGACAACGCAGACCUCCAAGGCAUUUCACUGUCUCAGACUCGGAGAUGAUUUUCCAGACUCUGUGACUCAUUCAGAUUGUUCUUUUUUUUUCCCCCCUUGGGUUUUGUUUUGUUUUUGUUUUGUUUUGGAGAUUGGGGGGGUGGGGUUAGGGGCUGUUUCCUAAGAGUGGGACUGGGGGACUUUUUGCUUUUCCUUAUGCUUUCUUCUCUGGUCCUGGGGAGCAGAGGUUAGUAAUGGGUGUUUUUGCUUAUAUAUCACAUGCUAACGUUGUGUUUUCUUGCACAGAAAGGCACUCAAAUCACUGAACUGCUAAACAGCUUUGACACUACUAGAGUAUUAAUGUUUAUAAGCUUUACACAACUAGACUGGAAAUAGACAGGGACUAACAGAUUGUUUUGUAUCCAAUUCAGGGAAAGAAUCAAGUCGGGAUGCGUAACAGAUACCUCAGUAAAAUAAGCUGCAACAAUAAACUGGUCCUUUCUCAUUACACAGUGACAAGGAUCAGCCAUUCAGACUGUGAAGAGUAACCCUUUCCCUAGCCUGGGUUUGAUACUGGCAGUUGGCUCAAUGCAUGUUUUGCUUAGUGCCAGAUCUCCUACUGAGCUGCCAGGCUGUAGGGACAGGGUUAUAGAAACCAGCAGCAGAGAUGGGGUGGAGAAGCUGGGAGCUGAGGGAAGGUUGCGCAAGGGCCGAGGAACUACCUCUCCCCAGCUCUGAUUCAUUUCACUCGGGACGUGUUCGAUUGUAUAGUACUCAGGGGUUUUGAUACUGCAGGUAGGACUGUUCCUUGGGUGAAGUGUUCCACUUUGCAGUGUGUCUAAUUCUCUUUGAACUCCAGACCGGCUAAGGUUUCGCAACGAGCAGCCAAAAAAGCCCCCAGCUGGUUGGAUAUAGGCAGCAGUGAGCUAGCAGCUGCUAGAUGCUCCUGUUUUACAUGUAGCGGGUGCAGAUUUGCCAUCUGGGUUAUAUGCCCAGCUGGGAAAAAUACCUGCUUGUCCUCUUCCAGCAGAUCCCAGCUUGCUCUGGGAAGGCACAAAGAUGGGAAGGGCAGACACCAGCUCAGAAGCGGGGCUCUCAAAGGAACCGUGCAGGGCAGGGGGAAGAGAUGAGGGGGAGGCUGCGUUACUGCUCAGCUCCCAAAGUGAAUGUGAACGUGUUACACCAAGUCUUUUUGGCCGCUGCAUAUGUGCUCCAAAUGGAUUCAGAUCAGAAGACAUUUUCACCAGACAGCUGCAGCAGCCUUGCUACUAGUUUUCUUACCUAUUUAAAAAAAUAAAAUAAAUAAAUAAAAAAAGAAAUGUGAUAGCCUAGGCGGUGGAUAAAUACCUCAACGUCUCCUUCCAACAAGUGUCUGUAUAUGUUGUUGUUGGGUUUUUCUAUCUUACACGUUAUCUGAAUGUUUAUAUUCCAAUAAACUUCUACCUCUUCA